AUGCUUCUUGAUUUCCUUAUUAGUCCGAAGAACAAAGUCCCCCUUUUGACCUCCUGGGCAGGCCAGGAUAUAUCUGGCGCGACCUCUUUGCGACGGCUACAAGACGUCUCACCUGCUGAAGCCAGCACCGAAACAUACAAUAAUUCAGCUGGUCGACCUGUCGCUGAGUCAUAUAGAUCCGCAGAUCACGAUAAUUCGCAGCAAAGUUCGAUGUCUCAACCCAAGCCAGUAAUUAAGAGCCCAGCUCGCGAUGAUCCAGGAGUACAACCUUUGAAGAAAGAUAAGGUUCCUAGUGCCCGUGAAAUUGCUCGGAUGGCUCUUCCGAUUUAUCAGGAUAACGAGUAUGAUCUGCGUCCAACUGAUCGUCUAGCCAUCCGUGGGCUUUCUGCUUCUUCUUUCUCGGAGCCCACAAUCUCGACUUCGUCCAUUCCGCCACCCCGGGCCCGCAAGCCUGUCACUAGCAUUCCCCUUGAAUCUUUCUACAACCCUGACGUAUCUGACAAUGGAAAAACUUCAUCUAUCUCAGCCUCUCUAGAGACAGUUCGUGCUACUAUCCGCGGUACCUCCCUCAUGAACUUUCCCGAUCUCCGAACACGACAAACCAUACAUAAGGGCGAUACCAAUAAUACCAAUCCAUUUGUCAAAGCUCAGCAUCAGUAUCAAAAGAACGAGAUGAGUGAGGCUCCCCUCGAGUUCAAGACUAGCACCGGCAUUCCAGAUAUCAGCCGGGACAGGCGCGUAACAGCUUUGGAGGCCGGGAAUGACAAAAAUAAUGCUGCGGAUGCAGCUGACGAUAACAAAAAGGCUGAGCGAAAGGGAAAGAGAGCUACCGUCGCGGGACCUGCGAGAGUUAAGCGCAAAUAUGUUUGGAAGAAUAAUGGCGUGAAUAAAAGAGGAAAGGGCCCGCCUGCCUUUGUGAACACACCGGCUGGUGGGUCUAACGGUACUCCUAGUAGUAGUACCUUUAGUGAUUGA